AGUCAAUGUCACUGGUCACUCCGAUUUCCGGAGGAGGGGUCGCGCUGCCUAACCCGGAAGUGCUCCUUCUUUCGUAGCAGAAAAAGGAGAUCGUAGAGCACUGGAUUGUAGAAGUGGUUGUAGUUUACUGUCGUCAGUAUGCAGCGGUUGCUUUUACCGCCCCUGAAGGCCUUGACCGGGAGCCGGUGUCUGCGGCCUCUGGUUCCCAGGGCGGCGCCUGGAGCACAGUGUGGUUGCAGCUGUGGCAUGAGGCGCCCUUUGAGGCCAGGGCAAUACAGCACUAUCUCCGAAGUAGCUUUGCAAUCUGGAAGGGGCACGGUGUCCCUUCCCUCAAAGGCUGCUGAGCGAGUGGUGGGGCGAUGGCUCCUGGUCUGCAGUGGAACAGUGGCUGGAGCAGUUAUUCUUGGUGGUGUAACUAGGUUGACAGAGUCUGGCCUCUCGAUGGUAGAUUGGCAUUUAAUAAAGGAGAUGAAGCCACCUACAAGCCAAGAGGAAUGGGAAGCAGAAUUCCAAAGAUACCAGCAAUUUCCAGAAUUUAAAAUAUUGAAUCAUGAUAUGACGUUGGCAGAGUUCAAGUUCAUCUGGUACAUGGAGUACUCACACCGAAUGUGGGGUCGUCUUGUAGGCCUCGCAUACAUCCUGCCUGCUGCCUACUUUUGGAGAAAGGGCUGGCUGAGCCGUAACAUGAAAGGACGUGUUCUUGCCCUCUGUGGCUUAGUCUGCUUCCAGGGUCUUUUGGGAUGGUAUAUGGUGAAAAGUGGAUUAGAAGAAAAACCAGACUCUCAUGACAUCCCUCGGGUCAGCCAGUAUCGCCUUGCCGCCCACCUGGGAUCAGCCCUUGUUCUUUAUUGUGCCAGCUUGUGGACGUCGCUGUCUCUGCUGCUUCCUCAGCACAAGUUGCCUGAAACUCGUCAACUCCUAUGGCUGAGACGAUUUGCUCACGGAACAGCAGGUCUAGUGUUUCUUACAGCUCUCUCAGGGGCUUUUGUGGCAGGUUUGGAUGCUGGGCUUGUAUACAACUCCUUUCCCAAAAUGGGAGAAUCCUGGAUCCCAGAGGACCUCUUUACCUUCUCCCCCAUCCUGAGGAAUGUUUUUGAGAAUCCCACCAUGGUACAGUUUGACCACCGGAUUCUGGGAAUCACUUCAGUCACUGCCAUUUCGGCUCUCUACUUCCUUUCCCGGAGAAUCGCCCUGCCUAGAAGGACCAAGAUGGCAGCAGCGACUCUGCUGGCUUUGGCUUACACUCAGGUGGGCUUGGGCAUUAGCACUCUGCUGAUGUACGUUCCAACUCCUUUGGCUGCCACUCACCAGUCAGGCUCCUUGGCUCUGCUCAGCAGCACCCUUUGGCUCAUGAACGAACUCCGAAGAGUCCCAAAAUAAUCCUCAGAGGAUCAGCUUCCUAGGACUGAAAACUGUGCUUUUGAGAGUUUGUCAGAGAGUAUAAGAAUUUGGACUUUCCUACCAGGAUGACCAUGACAUACCAAGUGGUUUCCAAAUUGGACAAGUUAAUUAAAACUCUUUGCCUGUUUUGAGAUAGCCAUCAGAUCAAGAAUGGGAUAAGUAUGGUUACACUAAAAGUUCCUUUUUGAAUCUGUUACUUUUCACAUUGAAAAAGAAAUGUUUGCCAUUUGUGGCUCUUAAUAGGCUCUGUCUUAGGUUUCUCAAUAUUGGCAAGUGCUUGGUUUUACGUGCAUGAUUUCUGUUUCUCCUGAGUUCUGAAUUCUGCUUAAAUAGAAUUUCUUUAUGAUCUUAACUUCUUUCACAUCAGAAUGAAGCUUCAAAGGGGGCUCUGGCAGAUCCUAAAGUAGCCAGCUAUCCUGUAGCAAAAAAAUAGCUAAUGACUUCUAGCAUCCUGACUUUUAAAAAUGGGAAAUCAGGCCCAGUGUGAUGGCUCAUGCCUAUGCUCCUAGCACUCUGGGAGGCCAAGGUGGGAAGGUCACUUGCUCAGGAAUUUGACACCAGCCUGAACAAGAGCGAGAUCUCAUCUCUUCUAAAAAUAGAAAAAUUAGGGCAGCGCCUGUGGCUCAGUGAGUAGGGCGCCGGCCCCAUAUACCGAGGGUGGCGGGUUCAAACCCGGCCCCGGCCAAACUGCAACCAAAAAAAAAAAUAGCCGGGCGUUGUGGCGGGCACCUGUAGUCCCAGCUACUCGGGAGGCUGAGGCAAGAGAAUCGCUUAAGCCCAGGAGUUGGAGGUUGCUGUGAGCUGUGUGAGGCCACGGCACUCUACCGAGGGCCAUAAAGUGAGACUCUGUCUCUACAAAAAAAAAAAAAAUAGAAAAAU